AUGGCGGCCGCGGAUCCUAGUUAUCCUCUGCUUCCUGUGGCUAACAUUCUCUGCGCAGGAUGCCUGUUCUUGCUUCUGGCCGUGAACCUGGUCAGGAGGUCGCAUGCCUUCAAUGUGGUCGUGAAUCUCCUGGCCUUCUGCUUAUUCUGGGAAACAUUGCUCAACGGGAUCGGAAUGAUUGCAUGGGCUGAUAAUGCAGAAAUCAAGGCCGCACCAUUCUGUGACAUAGUUUCUCACGUCAACAUGUUCAAUCUCGUGUCCAAACCCGCCUACACGCUUCUACUCUCUCGUCAGCUAAAGAACAUCGUCACCGUCAGGACAGUACGGCCUCUAUCCUCAGCACAGAGAAGGAGAGACCUUAUAUUCGAGAUAAGCAUCGGCAUAAUCUUACCUGCAUUGUGUGCCGGACCAUUAUAUUACGUGGUCCAACCCAGCAGAUUCUCUGUGAUUGAGGCUUUCGGCUGCGCCGACGUCAUCGCUAUGAACGGAGUUACCUUAUUGGCUAUCUACUCGUGGUUGCUUGUCCUACCUCUCUUCUCAAUCGUAUUCUACUUUCCCAGAAUUGUGCUAUUCCUCUACCGCCAUCGGAAGCUCUACCGUCAGGUCUACGGGCCUUUCAGCCGAGAACAAGCCCAGGAUAUCCCUCGCACCUCGCAAGAGCACGGAAUGCGACUGUUCAUCCUGGGCUGCCUGGACAUCCUCCUGUCCCUUCCGGUGGGGCUCCUAAUCAUCAUUGUCGAUGUAGCAGGCGCCGUCCAGGACGGAACUUUCUCCCUCUACCCUGGAUGGAACGAGAUUCACGCGCAUUGGCAGCCAAGGACAGUUGCUUACGCCGACCUCCCGCUCAUGGGCUGGCCCGGAUUAGUCGACUUCUACUUCUCCAAGUCUUCCUCCAUAGUGCUCGGCUUCUGCAUCUUUGCCCUCUUUGGCUGGACGAAGCAGACGCGUACCACGUACAUGCAGCUCUUGCGGGGUGCCCUUCGCGCCUGUGGCAAGAAGAGGACAACAUACGAGCCGUCUGCGUUCGAAUUACCAACGAUCCACUUCACGAAGGGCAAUUCGAAGCCGCACGGGAAGGGCGAACAUGGUGUGCAAGUUGAGGUGGUGACCGCGUCAACAGAUACGACGAACACAUUCGAACUUCGCUUGAACUUUGAAAGCACUGCAGAAUGCAGUGGGGGCAAUGUUGAGUGUAACUCCGCGAAAGAUUCCAAUAGUGGGUAG